UCUGUAACGUAGCUGAGCAGAUUGAAUAUCCUGAUGUGUAUCGGUGCUCAGCAGUACCGCUCUCCCAGGUAUAAUUCCAUGGUAACACCUUUGGGAUGAGACAUCACUGAAAGUCUGGCUUCUGCUUUAUUCACCUGCAAGCCUCCUGCACACAUAUUUUGAGUUGAUGAGACAGCGCCACAAUAAAAAACCAUGCACAGAUUUAAUAAGGACUGGAAACUUUCUGGAAUACAAAGAAUAUAUUACAACACAUUAGUCAAACAACUUGGAGGAUUUGGCUCAGAGGUUGGGAAAUUUACUUGGCCAACCAGUGUAUCAAAUACCUCGGAAGGCGAUCUUGCCGUUAAAGACUCUGGCAACCAACAAAUACAAAUUUUCUCUGAAGAGGGUCACCAUAAACACACAUUUGCAUAUGGCUCAGAAAGCACCAAAUGUCUUGGAGAUGUGGCAUGCACUAGUGAAGGACUUAUUCUGGUCACUGACGGGUCUAAAGGUAUUAAAGUGUUCUCUAGGGAAGGUGAACUAAUCCACAUUCUUAAGUCAUCAAAGGCAGAUUGGAAACACUCCUAUGGACUGGCUGUGUUAAAAUCCAAUAAUAUUGCAGUAACUGACUGGACAGAUGGAGGUAAAAUACACAUCAUUGCGGUGGACUGGAGGAUGAAUGCUGUUUUGAAGACCAAUGUUAUCGAUGGACUUCAACGACCUGAGUAUAUUGCAGUUACUGAGGCUGAAGAUUUGUUGGUUUCGGAGGGCCAGCUCUUUGGCCAAAAGGGAGGCUGUUGCCUUAAGAUUAUAGACAGUGAGCGAGCACUCAAGAAGACAAUUGGACCUAAGUACGGAGAAGACUUCAACUUCGUCAACCCAUCAGGAGUUUGCGUAGAUAAAAGCGGCAAUUUUUUUGUAGCCGACAGAGGAAAAAACAAUGUCACCAUGUUUAACCGGGACUCCUCAUUAUCAUCAUUAGUUGUGACGCAAGACCUGGAAGGGCCUGCAGGGAUCACUGUAACAAAUAAUGGACUGCUUGUUGUGACUGAUUGUUACCAUCAUAGUGUAAAAUUGUAUAAAUACAAACAGGAAUUGAUACUUUGAAAUUCUAAAAUGAAGAAAUUAAGUCCAAUUAGCACAGAAUAUGGAUACAUCGUAAAUUGGUUUAAAUACAGUCUAUGUAACAAAAUAUAGUCAAUCUAAUACAGAUUGCUGUAUGCUCAAAUGCCCUUCAUGUGUUCAUAUAUUUGUAAUCCAGGUCUAUUCUUUUUUAUGUAUAGAUAAACACACAAACGCUGUAGUGCCAU